CUCAUCAUCACACCAUCUCCAUGCCACUACUACUGCUCUUUCACAAUAUCUAGAGAGAGAAAGACAGAGAGAGAGAGAGAGAGAGAGAAAAGGAAAUGGAGAAAGUGGGGAGGAUGAAGCUGGGAUCACAAGGUCUGGAGGUGUCAGCACAGGGACUGGGCUGCAUGAGCAUGUCCAAUGGCUACUACGGUCCUGGCAAACCCGAACCCGACAUGAUAAAACUCAUCCACCACGCCAUCCAUCACGGUAUCACCUUCCUCGACACCUCCGACGUCUAUGGCCCUUAUGCCAAUGAAGUCCUUCUCGGCAAGGCUAUGAAGGGAGGAAUGAGAGAGAGAGUUGAAUUAUGUACCAAGUUUGGUGUUAGUUUAGUAAGUGGGAAUAUAGAAGUACAUGGGGAUCCAGCAUAUGUGAGGGCAGCCUGCGAGGCCAGCCUAAGGAGGCUGGACACCAAUUGCAUUGAUCUUUAUUACCAGCAUCGUAUUGACACCUCUGUCCCCAUCGAAAUCACGAUGGGAGAACUCAAGAAACUGGUUGAAAAAGGUAAAAUAAAGUAUGUAGGUCUCUCAGAGGCCUCGGCUUCUACAAUUAGAAGGGCUCAUGCUGUUCAUCCCAUAACAGCAGUGCAGUUGGAGUGGUCCUUGUGGACAAGAGAUGUAGAGGAAGAAAUCAUUCCUACUUGCAGAGAACUAGGAAUUGGGAUUGUUGCGUACAGUCCUCUGGGUAGGGGCUUCUUUUCUUCAGGUGCAAAGAUGGCCGAGAACUUGACUGAGAAUGAUGCCCGAAAGAAUCUACCAAGGUUUCAACCAGAGAAUCUGAAACAUAACAAAAACAUAUUCGAACAAGUUAACGAAAUGUCAGAAAGAAAAGGUUGCACCCCAUCACAACUAGCAUUAGCAUGGGUCCAUCACCAAGGAAAUGAUGUGUGUCCGAUACCUGGCACCACAAAGAUUGAAAACUUCAACAACAACAUUGGAGCUUUGUCUGUAAAACUAUCAGUAGAAGACAUCGCUCAACUCGAAUCCAUUGCUUCAGCGAAUGUGGUAAAGGGUGAUCGAUAUAUGUCUGCCUCUACGAAUUUUGCUUGGAACUAUACAGACACUCCACCUUUGUCUUCAUGGAAAGCUUAGUAAUAAAUUCAAGCAGCCACAUACAUGGCUUCCUUGUUUGUUCCUCAAAUACUUUCUCUUUAUGUCCUUUGGAGAGUUUUCUCAAAUUCUUGUUUAGAAUAUAUGUGUGUUUUGUCUAAAAGCCAGUAUGUUGACUUAGGCUUCUUGAAAGUUUUGAAUCAUCAUAUGUUUUGGUUCAAUAAUUAUGUUUGAUUUAAUGAUAAUAAUAAUUU